GCUUGUCGCAAUAUAACUACACCAUCCACAAAUUCCAUUGCGUGGUUCUCAAAUAAAUCAGCAUUCAAAAAUGUCCAAGAAUACAGUUCACGACGACUCAUUCCAGCUCUAUGAUCUCCGAAUCGAAGUCAUAUGCCCUCCAGGGAAGCGCAUAAUGUGCGGGGCAAAAGAAGGAGACUACUUUACCCUACAAGGAGAAAUGAUCUAUUUGCCACCCAACCAGGGAAUAAGUAUAUAUUCUUUAGCAGCUGUUAUGCCCCUCCUUCCAGCGAAGCAAAGAGUCACGUCUCCCAAUGACUGGAUGACGACCGACGCCUUAAUAGCUUGUCCAGAUCCGAAUUGUCCGUCUCAAUUGAAAAUUAUCAGAGAGGGCAUUAGGAAUUUCAGUCAUUCUGAAACAACUAUAGUUCCAUUGCAUCAUAAAUAGAGCAGAAGAUUAAAGCUAGAAAGCAAUAUGGUCGAAAAGGUCCUGAUGUAGAACUUUGCCAAUAUAUGGGUUCUUAUUUCGCGAACAAGGAAUGUUUACGCUAAUAUUGCAUUAUUUUGAGUGUUAAAAGCAGUACUUGACAUUAUAUCUGCCCAUGCGCAGUCGUCUGUAAAAAAGGGGUCAAGGUCAGCAGGAUGGAAUAUAAAUACGUCGGGGUUGGGUUGUUCAAGGGACUGCGGCACGAAUUGGCUGGUUUCUAGAGGCAGAAAAGAAAACCUGGUUGAAUCCAGCUCAUUGUGAUUAGUGCUUGCAUGGUUAUCCAUGUUUGGAAGAUUUGGUAGCGCUGGAGCAUCAUUCCUCCUCCGCUGGGAAAGCUUGGUGGC